AUGCCAAACCCAACACCAGAUAUUAAUCCACAGGAACCACCGGUUUUAGCUACGCCAAUACCAGAUAUUUCUCUUCCUUCUCCAGAGAUUCCACAAGAACCACCAAUUUCCACCAUGCCAGAUCCAACGCCGGAAAUUCCGCAGGAACCACCAGUUUCUGCCACGCCAACACCAGAUGUUGAUGUUUUCAUGGCGCCACCGGUGGUUUCUGAUUUUCCAGAUAUCCCACAGGAUCCUGUUCCUGAUGCUGAUCCAUCGCCUCCAUGA